GUGCAGAGUCAGUGCACCUUUGAGCCAACGGGACGGGUGUAGAGAACGACAGAAGACAGAAAUAGAAGAACGGAGAGAGAUAGAGAGAAAUAUAGAUGAAGUCCAAAAAAUAGACUGUAAACUUUUAACCAUAAUAAAACAGUAUUAUAAUGGAUUGAGAAGUGUGCGUGUGUAUGUCUGUUGAAAAAUGAUUGAUUUUCGGAUUUUUAAUGGAUCUAUGAGAUUGUGAAAAAAAACUUUUCGUCUCUCGAAUACUUUGAUACGAUGAAUAUAAAUAUGACAGUGUGUGUUUAGGAACGCUCAUGCAUGUUCACCAAUCACUGCUCACUCUGACACACCCUUAAAGUGUUCGGAUUUUUUUUUUUUCGUUUUCGAAUGCAAGGGACACAGUCAACAAUUGAAAUUACUCAGUCGUCGCGGAGGAGCGAAAAAAACAUUUACAUUUUUUUUACAGUUCGUUAACCUAUACUAUAUACAAAGUUUGUUUUUUUUUGUUGUUGUUUUUUUAAACCCAUUCAUACGAGCAUCAUCGACACGUUAGCCGUUCCACACACGAAAUAACCAUGACGGAACAGCAAAUGGACUGUGCUCUUGAUCUCAUGAGAAGACUUCCCCCUCAACAGAUUGAGAAAAACCUUAGCGAUCUCAUUGAUCUGGUACCUUCACUUUGUGAAGAUUUGCUUUCAUCAGUUGAUCAACCACUCAAAAUAGCCAAGGACAAGGAGUCUGGAAAGGACUAUCUCUUGUGCGACUAUAACCGAGAUGGAGAUUCUUACAGAUCUCCAUGGAGCAAUACGUACGAUCCUCCGCUGGAAGAUGGCUCGAUGCCUUCGGAGAGAUUGAGAAAAUUGGAAAUUGAUGCAAAUCAUGCGUUCGAUCAAUAUCGCGAGUUAUAUUUUGAGGGCGGCGUUUCUUCCGUCUAUCUGUGGGACCUGGAUCACGGUUUUGCGGGUGUCAUUUUAAUCAAGAAAGCUGGUGACGGUUCGAAGAAAAUCAAAGGCUGCUGGGACUCGAUACACGUUGUCGAGGUACAUGAGAGAACUACCGGACGCAUGGCUCAUUAUAAGCUUACUUCUACUGCUAUGUUGUGGCUACAAACGAAUAAACAUGGCUCGGGGACCAUGAACUUAGGUGGAAGUUUGACCAGACAGGUCGAGCAAGAUGCAACGAUAAGCGAAACGUCGCCGCACAUCGUAAACAUUGGUCGUUUGGUGGAAGACAUGGAAAACAAAAUUCGAAACACCUUGAACGAAAUAUAUUUUGGUAAGACGAAAGACAUCGUGAACGGCCUGAGAUCACUGCAAUCGUUGGCGGAUCAGAGGCAGCAAGCUGCAUUGAGACAGGAUUUGGCAGCGGCACUUCAAAGGCGAAAUGCGAACAAUUGAUCGAAUGUAACGCAAGAAAACUUCGAUUACGAUUGUGAUUAGGGGCGAAUGAUGGGGAACGGGGCGCGAGGGAGGGUGACAAAAAUAACGAGAAAAGAAAAAAUAACACAGAAAAACACGAAGACUCGAAAACAUCUAACCCAUUAAGUUGCUAUACACUUUGUUACUGUCUAGAUUUAAACAAAAAAUGAAGAGAAAAAAAUGCAGGGAAUUUAUUAUGGGGCUACUGAAGAGGACACUCUUCAAUUUUCUUUUCUUUUUUUCUUAUCUCUUUCUCUCACACACUCCUUUAUUAUUAUGUUAUUGUUUGUUCGGAACUUGCAAUCACUGCUGCUCAGACACUCGCUGGCAUUCAACAUGUUACGUUACGAAGUGAAUAGAAAAUGUAUUUCUAUAAAUAAAUUUCAUUUUGUUACGAAGACGA